AUGGUGGUGUCGGGGGGGAGCAACAGUAACAGCUGGGAGGCCCAGGCCUGUCAAGACCGAAAUUUGAACGGGAACAGACCAGAUCAGGAAGAGGAUAGGGAUCUGGGGGCAAAAGGACCAUCGCAAGAGAGAGUGGAGGGUGGGGGAUCUGUCAGCGAUAGCACAGAACCAGAGGCGGAGGAGGAAGAGGACCCGGAAGGGGGCAACUGGGCAGACGGGAACGGAGAUGAUCGUGUCGGUUGGGUGGCAGUAACUGUCAGAAAAGACGAGUCCAGGAAAGGGAGUAACUGGACAGCGGGUAACGGCCUGAACAGCGAGGACAGAGGCGAAGCGGGGAGCGGGGGAGACGGGGAGCAGGAAACGGGUGGUGCCAGGAAGUCUUGGGUAGAAAUGAGACCGCAGACGUUACUCCAGAAACAUUCGCCAUUCCAAGCAUCAUGGCGACAGGAGUUCCCAUGGCUCAAAUUUUGCCAGGAGACGGGACUUAUGUCUUGCUCCUGGUGUCACAACAUUGCCACUAAAAACAACGACGAGCUGGUGAAAGGCAGUCGAAAUUACAAGCGGGCCUUGCUUUUGAGACAUCACCUGUCUUCUGAGCACGGAAGGAAUGAUCCGACCAAGCAGGAGCUGGAGCGGCCUGGCUGUGAGGACCCCCCCCAGGGGACAGACAUGGAGACAGAAGACUACUACAGGAACAACAAACCUAACCAGGACUCCUACUGCUACCAGCUGCUGCAGGAGCUAAACAAACAACGCAAGGGAGGAAUCCUCUGUGACGUCAACAUCGUGGUGAGUGGAGAGGUGUUCCGGGCGCACAAGAACAUCCUCGUGGCCGGGAGCCGCUACUUUAAGACCCUCUACUGCCUGACCAAGAGCGAGAACACUUCCUCGUCAUGUGACCAGACGACCACAGUCACCGACACCCACCUCGACGUGGCGGCAGUGGCAGGUUUCUCGGUCAUCCUGGACUUCCUGUAUAGUGGUAACCUCCUGCUGACCAGUCAGAACGCCAUCGAGGUAAUGUCCGUGGCCUCCUACCUCCAGAUGACAGAGGUGGUGGGAUCGUGUCGGGGGUUCAUCAAGGAAGCCCUCAACAUCAGCAUCAAGCAGGAGGCCCCCGACUCAGUGGUGGUGGAUUACAACAAGAGGAGAACGGUGGCCAAAGACGGAGCUGGACAGGUGGGCUCAGACGGCAGCACCAACAAGAAGCCUGGGAGUAACUUCUGGGCCACCAGCAUCCUGUCCAAGCUGUCAAUAAAAGCCAGUGGUCAUGUCCAGGAUGGGGAGCAAGCAGGGGGAGGCAGCGUAAAGGAGGAGCCCAGUGACGUGGAGCUGUCUGCAGGGGAGGGCUGCGCCCUGGGAAGCUCCAGCUGGGGCUGUGAGAACUCAUCCGAGUCUGCUGAGAACGAGCCUCCGAGCGUUCCGGGACCGGGGCCGGUGUUCGUCUGGAACGAGCCGGCUCCUGGGGCUGCGGCGGGCAGGGUGGUGGCGGUGAAGAGGGAAGGUCAGAGGGUGCAGCCGGGGAGCGGACGGAGGAAGAAACAGAUCACACGGCGGUUCGUCUACAACAUCCCACCAGAGCCAGAGGAAGGGUUUGAUGAGGGGAUGUUCAUCCAGCCCUCAGCCUCCUAUCCCAGGGAGGACUUCUCCUUCCUCUCUGAGAACGCCGAACUGGCCAACCAGAUUCAGUACAGCCUCCUACAAGACUCCUCCCAGCAAGGAGAGUCCUGGGAGAAUGGCGAGUCGUCCGACACGGCCCUGAAUAAGCUCAAGUGUCCCCAUUGUAGCUACAUCGCCAAGCACCGGAGAACACUAAAGAGGCACCUCAUCAUUCACUCCGGCGUCCGCUCCUUCAGCUGUGAUAUCUGUGGCAAGCUGUUCACCCGCAGAGAGCACGUCAAGAGACAUUCCCUGGUGCACAAAAAGGACAAGAAGUACAAGUGCAUGGUAUGUAAAAAGAUCUUCAUGCUGGCGGCCAGCGUGGGGAUCCGGCAUGGCUCGCGGCGCUACGGCGUUUGUGCGGAAUGUGCGGAAUGUGCAGAUUCCCACCAGGCCACACAGGAGGGCCUGGAGUCCCUGGAGGGGUUCGUCCGUGAAGACGAUGACUUCGAGGAGGGUGGAGAGGGGGAGGAGCCUGACGAGGACAUGGCUGAGGAUGGGGAGGAGCCUAACGACAACGACCAAUCCAACUGGGAGGAGGGUGACACUGGUGUUGCCCUUGAGAACGAGUAGUGACUUGCUCAGAUAGAAACAAAAUAGUUGACGAAUUAUACAUUUUAAAAAGCUGGUAAACAAUCAAAGUGCUAUCAAACCUUGAGGUUAUUUACACGGUUCAGUGUAUGAGACAAAGAGAAGCUUUGGUAGCGAGGGACUCCAAGAUGUACAGAUAUUCUAUGUGUCAGACUCUGAGCUUAGUGCUCACUAGAGAAAGAGAUAAAAAUGAAAUAUUGAAAUCAGGUUUAUGGUGCUGUAUUUUAUUUGGGGGGGGAAGGGGUUGGUUGUGUACAGCGGUUUAAGUUACGAUAGGCCAAUCAUCUUUAAAAUAAAUGUUAAUUAUUUAAUUUAUGAAAGAGAAGUUAUUAUGGUCUUAUUAAAUAUACUUUGUUUUCUGUUUUGUUGUAAACUGCUAUCAGAGAAGUUCCCUUUCAGAUUUGGACUUUCUGUCAAGUCUGAAAGUAUAUUGUUAGCUGCGUGUUUUAGAAUCAAAUACGUCAAGGAGAGAGAGAGCAUUAUUUGCCGACAGGAAGAUUUUAUGUUUAGAUGCUCUGAACAUUAUAAUUUUAUCUUUUAUCUUUUCCAUGCACAAAUCUUGGAACCAAAAAAUCUGUUUGUGACUAAUUUAUCACAGCCAUAUUUAUGAGUUUAAUUUAAGUGGGCUGUGCUAUGUGCCAAGCAGAACGCACACCAAGAUUUAGCAGGAAAUAAGAAAACUACUGAAAAAUGCUGAGAAAAAAUAUGAAAGGGAUACCUGGGUAUUUUGGCAAUGAGGACCUUUAUCUACUUCCCCAGAGUCAGAUGAAGUCGUGGAUACCAUGUCUAUGUCUCUGUGUCCAUUAUGAAGGAAGUUAGAGGUCGUUCCACAAGUCAAUACUAACUAACUUUAGCACAAUGACUGGAAGUCUAUGGGUAUCUACUCACCUGCUAGCAGAUACCCAUACACUUUCUGUCAUUGCGCUAACGCUGGUUAGCAUUGGCUCUCGACAUUAACUUCCUUCAUAAUGAACACAGAGACAAAAAAUAGUAAUCACGAUUUCAUCGGACUCUGGGAAAGUAGAUGAGGCCUCAUUACCAAAAUCUUUUUGUAUCGCUUAUAAAGCAGAGAAAAUAGAAAGUGAUUCAUAAAGAAGCAGUGAAAGGAUAUGGGGAAAUGUUAUUUGCUAGCUUUGUAUGAAUCACAGCACCACACAGUAACACUUUAUAAAGCAUUUUGACAUGAAUUUAAAGCUUGAAUUUUGCCAAAUGAUUGGUGCUGUAAUGCUUAUGUCGCAAAAUACUGGACCUAUGGCUGUAUAUGAUGUUUCUAAUCAUGAAGCUUGAAAUGACUCAGUUAUAUGUAUUAAUCAGCUCUCUAUAGAACACUGUU